GAUGCGGAGCGCGGCAGUGGCGGCGGCGGCGGCGCGGCCCUUCCCGGCGGAGAGCCGCGGUCCGGUGCGGGGCGGCCCCGCCGGGAUCCCGGGGGGUUCCGGUAGGUGCCGCCGGGCAUGUCCGCCCCGGCGCAGCCCGCCGCUCCCGGCUCCUUCCAGAGCCCCCGGAGGCUCCCGAAGCGCAAGAGCCGCUUCAAGCGCUCGGACGGCAGCACCUCGUCCGACACCACCUCCAGCAUCCUCCGCAGGCAGGGCUCGGCGGACUCCUACACCAGCCGCCCGUCCCUGGACUCCGACGUGUCCCUGGACGAGGACCGUGAGGGUGCCCGGCGCGAGGUGGAGAGCCAGGCCCAGCAGCAGCUCGAGAGGGCCAAGCACAAGCCGGUCGCCUUCGCCGUGCGCACCAAUGUCAGCUACUGCGGGGCGCUGGAUGAGGAGUGCCCGGUCCAGGGAGCCGCCAUCAACUUUGAAGCCAAAGAUUUCCUGCACAUCAAAGAGAAAUAUAGCAAUGACUGGUGGAUUGGGCGCCUAGUGAAGGAGGGGGGGGACAUCGCCUUCAUCCCCAGCCCCCAGCGCCUGGAAGCCAUGAGGCUGAAGCAGGAGCAGAAAGCCAGGAGAGCUGGCAAUGCCUCGGGCCUCGGCGACAGCGGGAACCGGCGAUCGCCUCCCCCCUCCUUAGCCAAGCAGAAGCAGAAGCAGACACAGCACAUCCCACCCUACGAUGUGGUCCCCUCCAUGCGGCCCGUGGUGCUGGUGGGGCCCUCGCUGAAAGGAUACGAGGUCACCGACAUGAUGCAGAAAGCCCUCUUCGACUUCCUCAAGCACAGAUUUGAUGGCAGGAUCUCCAUCACCCACAUCACAGCUGACCUCUCCCUGGCCAAGCGCUCCAUCCUCAACAACCUGGGCAAGCAGGCCAUCCUGGAGCGUUCCACCGCCCGCUCCAGCAUCGCCGAAGUGCAGAGCGAGAUCGAGCGCAUCUUCGAGCUGGCCAAGUCCCUGCAGCUGGUGGUGCUGGAUGCCGACACCAUCAACCACCCGGCCCAACUGGCCAAGACCUCUCUGGCACCCAUCAUCGUCUACGUCAAGGUGUCCUCGCCCAAGGUCCUGCAGCGGCUCAUCAAGUCCCGGGGCAAGUCCCAGGUGAAGCACCUCAACGUGCAGAUGAUGGCAGCCGACAAGCUGGUGCAGUGUCCCCCGGAGCUUUUCGACGUGAUCCUGGAUGAGAACCAGCUGGAGGACGCCUGCGAGCACUUGGCUGAAUACCUGGAGGUGUACUGGCGUGCCACGCACCACCCGCCGCAUGCCCCCCACGCUGUGCCCUCGCCCACCGGCCUCCCUGGCCUGCAGCCGCGUCCCUGCCCACAGAGCCAGCAGCUGCUGGGGGAGCGGGGGGAGCACUCGCCGCUGGAGCACGACAGCCUGAUGCCGUCGGACGAGGCGGGGGAGACCUCACCCCAACCUUGGGGGGCCGCGUCCCAGCGCAGCUCCCGGCACUUGGAGGAGGAAGAGGAGUACGCGGACCCCUACCCCGACCUCUACCAACCCCACCGGCACCACAACAGCGGGCUGCAGGGCCCUGGCGCGCCGGAUCGCCAAACCGAGCGGAACCACGACAGGAACUGGCAGCGCAGCCGGCCCUGGGCCAAGGACAGCUAUUAGGGGCAGGGAGAUGGGGGGCAGGGGGUGGAGUGGGGGGAUAGCACGGCUGGGAACCGGCCCCCCCACACCCCCCCUGCCUCAAAACUCCGGGCGCUCCCCCGCCUCGCCCCAGCCCCGCGCUGGGGGUGCUCAGACAAUCUCCCUCUCUCGGGGGGAAAAUCCUCCGCACCGGCAGCUUCCUCGCGCCCGGCCCCCGGGCACGUCUUCAGCCAUAAGCACAGGGAGGGGGGGGGGGCUGGCACAUCCAGGAUGCCCUGGGACACCCCCCCACUCCCCCCCCCCCCCCCGGCUCUCGGGGACCUGGGGACAGCCACAUGCCUUCUCCCUGCCUCAGUUUCCCCGCCUGGCCCCCCGCGUCGCCGGCUGUCUCAUUCCCCGCACGGCAGCUGCCAUAAUCAGAGGGUGCCUUCCCCCUUGAAAGACCUGGGGGCCAGGUAAUGGGGGGGGGGGGGGGAGACGACGAUGGUUUUAGCAGUGUCCCCCGUCCCGAGGAAGAGGGGAAGGUGCCUGUUCCACCACUCCCCCCCCCCGCCCCUGCAUGGAACCCCUGGGAGGAGGGGGCCGCACCAGUCGCUUUGCUCUGCACCGAUCUCUCCCCGUCACCGCAGCCAAACCACUUCCCUCCACCCCCCCAACCCUGGGGAUGGGGGACAGAUGGGGGUGGCCAGACCCCAGACUAGAGAUGGGGGGGGCUGGGGGGCUGCUCCAUGCCUGCACUCGCUGCUCCAUCCCCCCCACCACCACUUCCCCGCGUAGCCGUCACCGCACAGUCCUGUAAAUACGGCGCCCACCGCCCUCAGCCGGGGAAUGCCCAGUGGAGGGGCCCAGCCCUGGGCUGACCCCCCCCCCCCCAAACUCCCCCCCGGGGCCUUUCGCAGGGAGCCGGCCUGAGCCGGUGGGUUGGGGACGGGUGGGGGCUACAGAUUUGUUAUAAUUUCUUUUGUAGAAAGCACUGAUUUCCCUGUAACUGGUUUCAGAAACACAAGAGUGCUCGGA